AUGGCAACCUUUGCCAAGUCCACAUUCAACGCCGCAUCUUAUGCAUCAUUCCGGCCGACAUACCCCAGGUCACUCUAUGAUUUUAUCUAUACGUAUCAUGCACAAUCAAAGCGUGCGGGGUGGGAAAAGGUCGUGGAUCUUGGUUGUGGGACUGGCCAAGCUACACUUGAAGUGGCCGAUCGAUUCAAAAAAGCGAUAGGAUGUGAUCCAUCAGAGGGUAUGGUUGAAAACGCCCGGUUGGCCGCCGAGCGGUCAGGUCGAGCACGCAAACCAGAGUUUGUUGUCUCCCCAGCCGAGAAGCUUUCGUUUCUGGAAGAUAGUUCAGCUGACAUGAUCAUUGCUGGUGCGCUUUUCGAUGUCAUGUCAUCCGGUAUAUUGCAGUUGGCUAAGUAUAGAAUUCAUUCGUUAGCCCAAGCUGCCCAUUGGUUCGACUACAAAACUCUGUUUCCAGAGUUGGCUCGCGUUCUCAAGCCUGGAGGGACGGUUGCGAUUUGGAAUUAUGCCGAGCUGCGGUUUGGGGGACGUCCGGCUUUGGAUCCUUUGAUCCAUGAUUAUUCUCACGGAGAAAAGAGCCUAGGUCCGCAUUGGCAGCAGCCAGGUAACUAUAUGCGCUCUAUCUUGCGGGUGCUUGACUCAACGGUACUCAGGUCGCUCGAUUCUAGAAGGCUAUCUUCAAAAGAUCCCCCUUCCAACUUCUUCGCCUUGGGAUCCCUCUUCAUCCGUAGGAUCUACUACGUGGGGGAUCACGAGCCCGAUCUUCAGGGAGAAAAACUCCCGAUAAUUUUGAAGAAAUACUUAACAUGGGAUGCGUUCAAGUCCUACCUUCGUACAUGGUCAUCGCUACACGAUUAUCUUGUCAAACAUCCGAACGACAAGGACUCAGAGGGGAGGGAUAUCGUCGAUCGGUUGGUUAAGGAGGUGUACGAAAAAGGAGAAAGUCUACCAGACGCGGAUACCAAAGCGUGGAAAGAUGGUUUAUUGCAGAAUGGCCGCUUGCUUUAUUAUUACUAA